GUUACCUGCGCGUCACGCCUUUUUGUCACAUGACGUGACGUCACCAGUCGGUAAACACGCCAGUGAGAACAACAGGACAGGUGAAACAUGGCGGGCUACGGGCUUCUUAUUGCUUCCUUAUUCGCUGGAGCUACCCUGGUGGUGGCCGAUGACUAUUGCUACUGGAACGGAGGCAGCAAGACCUGCUACGGGGACUUUGCAUAUUGCUGUGGAAUAAACCUCUUCAGUUGUUGCAAUGAAGGCUACUACGUGUACAGCGCCUGGUGGUUCUGGAUGAUUUGGGUGCUUCUGUUCAUCUUCUUCACGGCCUGUGGUUAUGCCAUCCGGAGGCGCCGCCUAGCGGCUCGUACCAUUAUCAUCCAGGGCACACCUGUGCCCCCUCCUAACGUCACCACUGUCUACGGGGCGACCUACGGUACCCAGCCUCCGCCUCCGCAGUACAGUGCCGCUGGGCCACCAGCGUACCAGGCUGCGACUGCAAAGCAGCCACUCUUGCAUUAAAGUGACGUCACACACCAAGGUCACGUGCACUGCAGUGGCAUCCUGGGAAGAUACCAAAUGUGCCAUUUUAGAAGAACAACACAAAGUUUCUCACGUCGCUCUAGCCAAGCUGAUAUACUCCAUCUCUGAUCAGUGUUUCCACGAAUCUCCCUGGAUUCACUAUAUGACAACCUGUAACAAUAACAUGGAAUGAAAAUAUUAUAUUUUGUAUAAUGGUGGCUGGAAUGCACUGUAGCAUAUACAGAUAGAGUAAUUAUUUAGAGAAUUUUUUAAUAUUGUGCUGACUGUCUCUUUGCUAGCGUAAAUGCUUACUGAUUGUGAAAAAUUUGUAAUUACCCAGAUGUUAUGUAAAUAAGACUGAAAUACAUGUAGUUUCUAAACUUGUAGAAUAUGUUACACGGUAUUCUUCACCAUAUAUAAUCAAAUAUGAUUCGGUACUCAAAGUUGUAGUCAAUCCAAUAUACAGACAUGUAGUUGGUGUGUAAGGACAUACUUCAAAGGUUUGCAUUACAUCGUAUCAAUGAUACAAAUGUAUGUGGUCUGUGAGUGUUCCUAAAGCCCUCUUUGUCUGAGGUUAUUGGACCUGCUCAAGCGUAUUUUAAAGGGCUACUAGAAUAAAUCUGGCUACAAUGAUAUGUAAGCUACUAGCAUUAAGAUUGAGGGAUUCCUAUGUGAUCUUUGUAAUGUGAUCGGAUUUCCUUGUGAUAUUUGUGCCAUAGUCGACUUUCCUUUCGUUUUGAUUACAAGGGUGUCAUUUUCUUUCAUGAUCUUUAUUAUCAAUAAAGCUCUACUUGAAAUUCCA